ACUCUCUAUUAUAAUCAAACAAACAACUCACACCCACACACCAGUGACCACCUUCAAUAUCUGAAACCGGCAUUUUUACUAUUACUAUUCUUCUAGCCUUAAAAGUCAACUAAAAACCCAAAACUCCAUAACCCUAUAUAGCCAUUGGUUAAACCAGAAGAGCUUAACACAGCUCAAAGUCACGUUUCAUUAAUUAGCUCCGGUGAGUCUGAAAGUGACACAGUUAUUGAAUUUGGCUGUGGCAGAGAGCCCUGGCAGCUGGGGUACCACCUUUUGCCAUUAAUGUCUUGUACACACUCUCUCUCCUUAACUCCAAAGCCUAAUCUUUAUACACGUUUUAGUCUUUAAAUGUAUUGCAAACUAAGAUUAUAUAGCGAAAAGUUUUGAAAAGUUUGUAACUUUAUAUAUAGAUAUUUUAGUUAAGAAUUCAGUUGGGUUGUUUAGAACAACAUAGAAUGCAGAAUCAAAGCUCGUGAUUUGGAGGUUGGAAUUUCGCAGAGUACAUUAAAUACAGGCAUUAUCUGGUACUAUUUUUGUGUACAUGUGAAGUUAUUACACACCAAAACGAACCUUCAUCUUCAUACACCACCACCUCGAUGAACAUGAACUAGUUCAGUUCUUCUUCUUGUACUUUCUUCUUCUCCGCAUUAUCAAACUAAGCCAUGGAAGAAGAAUCUCAACGAGCUCUGCUUAUUAAGUCAGCAAUAUUCACGUUCGUGUUGUUCCAAUGCGUUUUAGCUCAACAACAAGAGCACCUCAACUCAAGCUUUGAACGCUCGGCUUUGCUUGCGCUUCGGUCAUCUUUGGGGCUCAGAGCCAAGGACUGGCCCAUCAAGCUCGACCCGUGUAGAAACUGGACCGGGGUUCGGUGCAAUAACAGUCGGGUCACUGCAAUCAACCUGUCCGGGUUGAGACGAAGCCGUUUUGGGAUUCUAAAUCAACAGUUCGCUGUGGACUCUUUGGCCAAUUUGACAAGCUUGGUGUCUUUCAACGCUUCUGGGUUUUCGCUUCCGGGGCCUAUUCCUGACUGGUUCGGCCAAAGACUUAAAGCACUCCAAGUGCUCGAUCUAAGGUCUAGCUCAGUUACUGGGUCGAUCCCUCCAUCGCUCGGUGGAUUGAGUACACUGAGGUAUUUGUAUCUGUCAGGUAAUAACCUUACUGGUAGUAUAUCUUCUUCAUUGGGAAAUUUAUCUGAGCUGUUAAUUCUUGAUCUUUCACGGAAUUCACUUACUGGGUCAUUGCCUUCUGGUUUUGAGUCUCUUGCUAAACUCACAAGGCUUGACCUUUCUUCAAAUUACUUAUCUGGGUCAAUUCCAGAUGGGCUUGGUAAUCUUUUAAGUCUUGAAUACUUGAGUCUUUCUGAUAAUAGUUUCACUUCGAUACCGGGUGAAUUGGGUAAUUUGUCUAGAUUAGUUGAGCUUGAUCUUAGCAAGAAUGCUUUGUCCGGGUCAUUGCCUGUGGAGUUGAAAAGGUUGAGGAGAUUGAGGAGGAUGGAUAUUGGGGUCAAUGUUUUGGAGGGUCCAUUCCCGGAUAGUAUAUUUAUGAGUCUUGGUUUAAAUAAAAACGCUACUUUUGCUGUGUUCAAUCUCUCAAACAAUCGGUUUUAUGGUGCUUUGAAUUUAUCAUAUGCUGGGAAGUUUAGUUCAGUUGAUUUUUCCGGUAACUAUUUUCAAGGCAAGGUAGUUGAUGCUGGUCAAAGCAGUGCUACUCUUGAUAGAAAUUGUUUACAGUUGGUGCGAAAUCAGAGGAGUGCGGAUGAUUGUAGACAGUUCUAUACCGACAGAGGCUUACUUUUUGAUAAUUUUGGAGACCCAGAACAGAAUCAGGUAGCAGAACAUAAUUCAAAGACCAAGAAACGAUGGAUAUAUAUAGUAGGGGGCCUAGUUGGUGGGAUUGGCUUCAUUGCACUUUUAGUGUUGGUCAUGGUACUACUCCUUAGAAUGUGUGAUAAGGGCACUGCAACUCAAAGGACUGCAAAUGUAGGGUCUGUUCCAGAAGGAGACAACGUUUCUCUACCCAAGGAUCUUGCCAAUUUGACAGGUGUUGGAGAAAUAUUUACCUAUGAGCAGAUGCUCCACUUCACUGGUGAUUUUAGUGAAGCAAAUCUUAUCAAACAUGGCCACUCUGGAGACCUUUUCCGGGGGCUUAUGGAAGGUGGGAUCCCUGUAGUCAUCAAAAGGGUAGAUUUGCGUUCCUUCAAGAAAGAAUCAUACAUGAUGGAGUUGGAGUUUUUCAGCAAGGUUUCACAUACCCGGUUGGUUCCACUAUUGGGGCACUGCUUGGAGCAUGAGAGUGAGAAGCUUUUGGUUUACAAAAGUAUGCCAAAUGGAGACCUGGCUAAUUCCUUACACAGCUUUAUCUCUGAGGAUGGCAGUUCACAGUCUCUGGACUGGAUCACAAGAUUGAAAAUUGCGAUAGGAGCUGCUGAGGGCCUAUCCUACCUACAUCAUGAGUGCAACCCUCCCCUUGUUCACAGAGAUAUUCAAGCAAGCAGUAUCCUCCUUGAUGAUAAAUUUGAAGUGCGGCUUGGAAGUUUGAGUGAAGUUCAUGCUCAAGGGGAUUCACACCAGAAUGUGCUCACAAGGUUCUUGCGGAAGCCACAAAUCUCUGAACAAGGCCCUUCUGGCUCAUCAUCAGCAUCCUGUGCUUAUGAUGCAUACUGUUUUGGGAAAGUCUUGCUUGAGCUUGUAACGGGUAAGGUUGGCAUCAGCAAAUUUGAUGAUGCUACUACAAGAGAGUGGUUGGAACUGACGCUGCCCUACAUCAGCAUAUAUGACAAGGAACUGGUAACUAAAAUUGUUGACCCAUCUCUGAUAAUAGAUGAAGAUCUAUUGGAAGAAGUAUGGGCUGUAGCAAUUGUGGCCAGGUCAUGCCUUAACAGCAAGCCUUCCAAACGCCCUGCAAUGAAACAUAUCCUUAAAGCAUUGGAAAACCCUUUAAAAGUGGUUAGGGAGGAGAGUUCCAGUUCUGCAAGGUUGCGAACAACGUCAUCUAAUAGAUCUUGGAGUGCUGCAAUCUUUGGUAGCUGGCGGCACAGCUCAUCAGAGAGUGCCACCAUUCCAGGCCAGACUGGCACCGGUGGUCUAAAACAGCCAGUGAGGGAAAACUCCCAUGGCAGUGGCGGGCAGGAAUACUCAUCUUCAAAUAAAAGGUUAUCCAGUGAAAUUUUCCCUGAACCAAUUGAAAUGCAAGACUUGGAGAGGCAAGAUGAGCAUUAAGCCGAAAAGGUGUUUGUUGCUCUUUAUUGAUGAUAUUGCAGGCUGCCCAAUUUCCUGCCUGCUCAACAGCAUUCUUGGACUACAACCUUUUCCAAUAGCCUUUCAUCUAGGUCCAAAAGCCUUUUGGUAUUUAUACCUUGACCUAUCUGAUGAAGAUUAUCUGAUGGGGCAAAUAUUGUUGAGGCCAAUGAAAAUGGCUAAUGAAGUGUGUGCUGUAUAUUGAACCAGACUCUUUAUCGGUUUUGAAAGCUUGUUUAUUGUCUACACAAGCAGCAAUUUUUUCUGUGUAAUGGUGCUUUCUCAUUGAUGCCAUACGUAGAAUAUUAGAUUGUAAUGGGUUAGAAUUUCUUGCGGUAUUGUUGUAUUUUACAUACCUAAAAGAAAAUUACCUAACCGUAAAAAACGCAUUGUUGUAUUUCCGAGCUGCUCAGGUAUCAAGAGCAAUUUGAUAUGUACCUUUGUAACUUAUGAACAUUCUUCUGUUGUUAAAAAUUGGAAUAUGGUGGCCACGACUUCCAGCA